AUGCAUGAUGCUAAGGAAGGAGAACAUCGUAUCUACAUGAAAAUCACUGGCAUGAUGGUCCAGAUAUUGAUUGACAUGGCCCCAGAGUAUCGCGAAUACGUUGUAUUAGAGAACCGGAAAGCAAGUAAUCUAUGUGCGGGUACUACGUGCUAUAUAUGGGAUGUUGCAAUCAAGCCUCCUAUCCUAUAUCAGUUUCAAAGUGAUUUGGAGGCAAAGGGAUUUGUUUUCAAUCCGUAUGACCCGUGUGUUGCUAACAAAAUUGUUAAUAAAAAACAGCAAACUAUCAGGUUUCAUGUUGACGAUCUUGUGUCAAGUCACAUGAAUCCAAAGGUAAAUGACAAAUUUGCCAAGUGGUUGAACAUGAGAUAUGGUUUGAUCAAGGCGUGCACAGUCGUCAGAGGAAAGAUACACAGAUAUCAUGAAAUGACUUUGAAUUUCUUGGUGAAUGGAAAACUCAAGAUCUGCAUGGACGACUAUGUCAAGAUCAUGUUCAAGGAUUUUCCUAUCAAGUUCAUCAAGGAUUCAAAGCAGGAACCACCAGCUGGUAACGAUUUACUGCAAGCUGGUAAAGGGAAGUCACUUAGUGCUGAGUACCGUAAGAUUAUGUCUCUAAGAGAGCUCUUUUGGAUAUCCAUCCAAUGA